AUGGUGAGGAGGGGGAGGAGGAGGGACUUUACAGUGGAGCCCAUCUAUGAAGUUGAAGAAGAAAUAGAGGACAGUGAUGAAGAGGACAUGGAGCCUAUUGGAACUGGUGAUUUCUCAGAAAACCUCAAAUGUUGUGUCCAAACAUGGCACAAGAUUACCAACCGCUGCGUUGAUAUUGUUAUUCAUGUUGAGAACCGAACUUUCUUCCUCCACAGUCAUCCCCUCACAUCGAGAAGCGGUUACAUGAAACGACAUCUCAAAGAAUCUAAUAACAUAAGACUGGAUGAUAUCAAGAUCACUGCACAUACGUUCGACAUGGUCAUCGAGUUCUGUUAUGGAUCCAACCUUCCCUUCACACCACAAAAUAUAGCUGCUCUGAGAUGUGCAGCUGAGAUACUUGAGAUGACUGAGGAAUACGAAGUCCAUAAUCUAUGUAGGAGAACCAAAUUCUACUUCUCCCAAGUGGUGACUACUGAUAAGGAAGUUGCAGAGGUUGUCCUAUAUAAGUCCCUAGAAUUGCUUCCCGAGUCCGAGAAUGGAGUGUUCCUGGUUAGUCAAUGCAUUGAAACUCUACUGACUCCAAGGGAAAUUUGGUGGGAAUCGAAUAAGAGGAGAGAGGGCAAUGGAGGACACAUAAGGAAUCCUCAAGUGGUUUCCAGUGCGUGGGUGCCUAGUGUGGUUCAGUUGUCUCUAGGCCUGUUUGAGGGGAUUAUGAGAUCUGUGCAGACACGCUUGAUCGGGAGCCAUGAUGGGAUCUAUGCGGUUAUUGAUGCCUAUCUUAAGGAACAUAAAGAAAUGACAGUAGAGGAGAAGAACCAACUCUCCAGAUGCCUUGAUUGUGGUUUCCUUUCGGCUGAAGCACUCAUGCACGCUGUGCAAAAUCCGAAAAUGCCCCUGAUUGUUGUAGUUCAAGCAUUAUUUGCCAAGCAGAUCAAGCUUCGUCAACUACUUCAAGCAGAAAGCAGCCAUUAUCAUAUCCAAGAAACAAGCUUGGGUGACAUUCUAAGCUGCCAUGCCGCCCAUCGAGAAGUGGCACAAUUGGAGGCAUCCAUCAACACUACGUAUAUGAGGAUUGCAAGUAUAGAGAGGGACCUCUUUGACAUGAAGAAGAAGCUAGAGGAUUGCAAGAGAGAAGAACUUGUUACAGAAAAAUCAGCGAGUUUUAGAGUUGUAGAGGAAGAAUUGAGCAGCUAUAUUAGAGAAAGGACAGAGAAGGAGAGCUUUGCACGAAGUUUGGCAAGAAAUUUGAAGGCCUUUGGGAAGAAUGCUUUGAAAAUUGUGAGUCAAGGUAUGAAAGAAGGUGCUUCUGGUGAAAUCAAACAAUAUUUUCAUCGUCGACACCGAUCUUUCUCCUAA